AUGGCGGCCGGCGGUGGGGUUCCGUGGGCGGAGCGCGCGCGGGUGGUGGGGACGCAGAUCCGCAACAGGUUCCGCGUGGCGCCCGUGGACCACCGAUCGCUGUGGCUUCGGGCGGACGGCCGUGUCGCCACGGAGGCGGUCCGGCGGUGGUCGGAUCGCGUUCGGGCCCUGCUGCAGAGGGACCGGGGCGGGAAUUGGAGCUCCACAUCGACAGACACGUCUCCUGAGGCGGCGGCAAAGCCUUCGUCCAGUGCUUUGAGAUUCUACAGGAAGAGAGUGGGCAAAGAAGUUAAUGGGAUUGAAGACUCCAUUAUUUUCCGUUCGCUUCAAGCAUUGGCUGUUCCUCUUAUUGGCAAUGCAUGCUAUGUUUUUAUGCAUGGCCUUAACUCUGUUCAGGUUUAUGGUGCAGAGAAGCUUCAUCAGGCAUUACAAUGGAGACCUAAAGGCAAGGCUCUUCUAACGGUCAGCAAUCAUGUGGCAGCAAUGGAUGACCCCUUCGUAAUUGCCUCCCUUCUCCCACCAUCUGUUAUGCUGGAAGCACAAAAGCUGAGAUGGACACUGUGUGCGACUGAUCGUUGCUUUACAAAUCCAGUUUUGUCUACAUUCUUCAGGUCUGUUAAGGUGUUACCUGUUUCUCGUGGUGAAGGCAUCUACCAAAAGGGAAUGGAUAUGGCACUUUCAAAGCUUAACAGUGGUGGAUGGGUUCAUAUAUUUCCUGAAGGAAGCCGUUCAAGGGAUGGAGGGAAAACCAUUGCUCCUGCCAAGAGAGGUGUUGGAAGAUUGGUAAUGGAUGCUGACAGCCUUCCGGUUGUAAUACCCUUUGUCCAUACUGGGAUGCAGGAUAUAAUGCCUGUUGGAAAACGCAUCCCCAGAGCAGGGAAAAGGGUGAUUGUGGUUGUGGGUGACCCAAUCAACUUUGAUGACCUGCUAAUUGACAACUGUGAUGACACCCAACACAUCUCUAGAGGGAUCUUGUACGACAAAGCAACAGAAAGAAUUGGGCAGCGAUUGCAGGAACUCAAGGUAGAAGUUGACAGACUGGCUGCAGAGCAGCGAUCUGAACUCCAAAACCACAACGUGAGUGAUGAUGGAUACCGGCUGUGGCAGCAGGUCGAUUGGGAAGGGUUUGGCAUAGGGAGUUCCAUGUUGUCAUCAGAACCUUCAGCUGUCCAAGUGCCAUCACUGGAAGCAGAGCCUGAACCACACCUGGAAGUGGAACGAAGCGCGUCUCCAGCCCCAAGUGCAGCGAUCUCUUACAACGUUGCUGUUCCACACUGGUUCCAGCGUCACGUGGAUCCUUCUGAGCUCAUGGGGUUUGCUGCGCGUGGCCUGAUCAAGAAUGGCAUGUUCUUAGAGGAAGGUUACAGGGAACUCCAACAGUCGGCUACUACUCUGAACACCUGGUGGAUUUCUCAUGCCAACAAUGCUGCACACCGAUGGAGCACUGCUUGA